AUGGAUGAUGGUAGUGUUACGGAGAAAGAUGUCCUCAGCGAGUUUGUUGUACAAAGGCAUCUACCUUUGCCUUGUCAGGAAACGGGAACAUAUUAUCUUGAUGAUCACGAUGAAGGUUAUGUGGGAUACUUUAGUAUAUUGGCUGCCUUCUUUUGGUUAAAUGUCAUGAGUUUUGAUCUGUGGAAUUCGUUUCCUUUCGAUUGGUCCGGCAUGGUGUAUUUCUAUGGACCCAUUUGGAUAUUGAUCAUAUUCAAUACAACUUUAUUUAUAUUGACUGCUUUUCAAAUAAUGAAGGUCAAAAAAGAGCUAAGGAACAUAGUGAAGCAUCACGAAAGAAAGCAAAAACUGAAUUCGGAUAAACAAGAGUAA